AUGCACCUACAGCAAUUCAGGAGGACCCCAGAUCGAUCCAAAACAUGGGGGUUGAGUUGUACUGCGGAUCAAUAUUUAUCUAAUCUAAUCUUUGAGAUCUGCACUUUAAUUGGUUCUACUUCCAAGAGACUUCUCGCCACCAUUAUUAGCAGCCAACAUAACUUAUCGCAGCACCUUUUCCCUAAGGCCAGACCUACAAUAAAAAAACUCUAA